AGAACCAGUCGAUCGGCGACAGGGGGAAGCAUUCGUUGCGUUUGCGUGUCUGCGAUGCCGAGUAUCAGCUCGUCCUGACGCGCGUGUGCAUCGUAUAAGCCUACGUUUUUUUCGGGAGUGGCGAAAUAUAAGUACAACGCUGUUGUCUACGUCGUCGUCAUCAUCGACGCUGAGACAAGCGAGAGGUGAGUGACCUUUAUUGCUGCUGCUGCUGCUGCUGCUGUUGCUGUUGGGCGUCUGCUCAGGUGUGCGGCGUGUGCCCGAACGCUUGGAGCAACAGGAGGGACAGGCACAUCGAGCCAAAGUAGAGAGUCGAGUGGAGCCCGCGAGUCGGGUCAUGGCAGAUAGGUGAUGAGCGUGGUGUGUUUGAGCAGCAGCAGCAGCAGCAGCAACAACAACAACAACAACAACAACAACAACAACAACAACAACAACAACAACAACCACCACCACAACAACAACAACAACAUCAACGACGAGGACGAUCGGAGGCUGGGCGGCGAGGACCUAGCCAAGCGCACGGCGGCGACGGCGCCAGCAACGACGACAGACCAAGAGAUCGCGGCAGCGGGCAAACCGGCGGCCGACGAGCUGGCGCUCCUCGCCAAACUGGAGGAGGCCAAUAGGCUGAUCGAGUCGGACGCCAAGUCGUUGAGCUCGCUGCAGAGCACCCACAGCAGAAAGGGCUCGGACACCUCGCAAGUGUCGCUGGCGUCGGGCUGCAGCAACAACGGCGCCAGCGACAAUAAUGGCACCAACACUGCGGCUCGACGGCCCACACCGCCGCAGGAUGGCGAGGAGAACACCUGGACUUUGUGGGGUCACAUUGUCGCCGACUGGGACAAUCAAUGGAAGAAGAGGAAGGACUUUGUUAAGGAACUUGUUAGACAGGGGAUACCACAUCAUUUUAGGGGCAUAGUGUGGCAGCUGCUGUGCGGCGCGCACGAGUCGGCGGUGAAGAAGCAGUUCGCCGAGUACAUCAAAUGCACGUCGGCGUGCGAGCGCAUAAUCCGCCGGGACAUUGCGCGCACGUAUCCCGAGCACGACUUCUUCAAGGAGAAGGACGGCUUAGGCCAGGAGAGUCUGUUCAACGUGAUGAAGGCCUACAGCCUCUACGACCGCGAGGUCGGAUACUGCCAAGGCUCCGGAUUCAUCGUCGGACUCUUACUCAUGCAGCAAAUGCCCGAGGAAGAGGCGUUCGCCGUACUGGUGGCCCUGAUGCAAGACUAUCGUCUGCGCGACAUGUUCAAGCCGAGCAUGGCCGAAUUGGGCGUGUGCAUGUAUCAGCUGGAGCAUCUGGUAGCGGAAGUGCAUCCGGAAUUGUUCGCCCACUUCACGGCCCAGGGCUUCCACACGUCCAUGUACGCGUCCUCGUGGUUCCUCACUCUCUUCACCACUGCCCUCAGUUUGCCGCUCGCUUGUCGCAUCUUCGACGUAUUCUUGUCCGAGAGCAUGGAGAUCAUUUUCAAGGUCGCCCUCGCCAUGCUGCAGCUCGGCAAGGAGGACCUGCUCAGUCUUGACAUGGAGGGUAUGCUCAAGUUCUUCCAAAAAGAGUUACCAGGCAGAGCGGAGGCUGAUCCGGAUCGUUUGAUGAACAUCGCCUACGUCAUGAAAAUCAAUCCCAAACGAAUGAAAAAACUCGAGAAGGAUUACACCGUGCUGAAGAUGAAGGAACAGGAGGAGAUGGUCGAGCUGCGACGGCUCAGAGCGGAAAACAGGCUACUCAGACAACGAACCGAAUUGCUCGAGGCUGAGUCUGCCGAGCUAGCCGACAGGCUAGUCCGUGGACAAGUCUCACGAGCCGAAGAAGAGGAAACCGCGUUCGCGAUUCAACGAGAACUUACGGCACUCCGACACACUCAUCUCGACACUUCUCAUCAACUGGAACAAGCUCACGAAGAGAUUCGCUCGCUGUCGAUUCUGCUUGAAGAAAAUGUCAAUUCGAAGCAGUCGUCGCUCGACGAAAUCAGCUUAAAACAAGAAGCUCUGUCGCAAAAGGAGGAGAUGAUCCAGUGCCUGCAAGAAGAACUUGUUAGAGUGAGACUGCACGAAGCCGAGAACGACGCAACGAUUAGGGAUUUGCGAGGUAGAAUACAGGAGCUCGAACAGGAUAAAAAGACGUUGAGGGAAAGUACCCCGGACAAUUCCGUGGCUCAUCUGCAAGAGGAGCUCAUCGCUGUUAAACUUAGGGAAGCUGAGGCGAAUUUAUCGUUGAAGGAUCUUCGUCAAAGGGUAUCAGAACUAAGCACAGCUUGGCAAAAGCACCUGCAAGAACACCGAGCUUCGCACUCAGCCCCUGCCGCCGACUCGACUCCAAAGAAGUUACUGUUCUGGGAAAACCGUGGCCACGAGGUGCAAAAACUCGAGGAAGAUCUCAUGACUACACGUAUACGCGAAAUGGAAGCACUGACGGAAGUGAAGGAAUUAAGGUUGAAAGUUAUGGAAUUGGAAACACAAGUGCAAGUCUCGACGAAUCAGCUGCGCCGACAGGACGACAACGGUAAAGUACUUAAAGACGAGCUCGAGAUUGCUAUCACUAAAGAGAAAGAACUCGAGACGAAACUGAGGGAGGCACACGACAGGUAUACAGACCUCGAAUCGAAGAUGAAGGAUGACACGAUGAUGGCAAAGAUUCGCGAUGCUGAACACGCACAACAGGUCGCUGAGCUUACACAGAAGAUCUCGGUUCUUGAGCUUAAGAAUGAGGAGAUGCAUGCAGAAGGGGAACUGAGAAAUAAUAUGGACGAUAGCGAAAGAGUGAGAGAAUUGCAAGAUAAAGUUGCAGAACUCAAAGCUGAAGUGUUGAGGCUGGAGAGUUGGAAGGAACGUUGGACGGGUAAGAAGAACUCGGCAGUACGUAGUUGCAGCAUCGACACCGACAAUGAACUCGACGACCGCGACGAUCUCAAGAUUCAACUGCCCGAUCAAAGCUGCUCCUUGUCUACCGACUCGUAAUCAGCCUUUCAUAUCUCGACCAUUCUCGUUCUGUGCAUUUUUUCAAAGUUUUAUCUCAUUUUAGUAUGUAGCGCGCCUCUUGCGCUCUACAAGUGCCAAAACUUUUCUUUCUUCUUUGCAAUUAGAAUGCGUAAAUUCAUUUUUUAAAUAGUGUGCUUUGAAUGAGAUUUUGUCGGAGCUUUUCAGAGAUACCAUCGAUUGCCAAAGGAAUGUUAACUUUAUUUUUGCAAUAUAUACUCGAAUGGAAAGUAAUAAGACAACGCAUAUUUAAACGAUACCAAACUAUUUUCUAACAAACAAUAUAUCACUGAAAAGAUCGGCGAAACAAGUAUUACAGCAAUAUUACAUAUGAAAUGAUUCGAUCAUUUCAUAUCUACACUCUCCGUCCUUAUUUGAGAUUUUGAAUUGAGUUUAAAAUGCAUGGAACGACUCAUUUUUUACGGCUCGAGCGAUUACAAAAAAAUGCUCUCGACAAUACAGGCAGCUACAAAUUUUUACUAAGCGAGCGACGAAAUACUCCUCUCGUUUAUUGAGCGAAGAAAUGUUUUACUUGUUCAUUCCACACUCGUAAAAGUGACUAUUUUGCAGGCAGAACGAGAAAACUUCGUUGGUGUUCACGAUUAAAUCAGUUACACAAUAUUAUUCGUAUCAUACGUUAGAAUUUGUUGUAUUUAGAAAAAGAAUUGUCGUUGUCUGUUGUCGCGAGGUUUUAAUAUGUCGGCGAAAAAGUCACGUUCUCGAGUGCACACUAUAAUUGUAUCUAUAUCGAAGUAGAGUAUGAAUUUUUUCACAUUGAGUAGUGAAUGAAAUGUGUAGUAGUCUUGGGAAAGUUAAGUCCCAUUGAGAUUAUUUGUUUCGAAUGGAACUCGAAUCUACAUUUUACUAAGGCGAGUAUCACUUCAUAGGUUUUCUCAGUACUAUAAUCAUGUAUUUUAUGAAAUUAUAUUUUAGAGUACUUUAUUAUUGUUAUUAUUAUUAUUUUAUCUGAUUGAGAUGUAUUGAUUUCUUUUAUUUCGUGUGUUAUUGAAUAUCAUUUUAGAUUUUAUUUACACAUUCUCUAGAUCUAUUUAUCAAAUGAUCAUAUUUUAGUGAUUUUUUUAUCGUUAGUGAAGUAAUUUAUUAAUUUCGAUUUGUAAUAAAGUUUUAUUGCAAAAAGCAUGCGCGAUUUUACAAUGACACGUGAAAAUCUAUGAAGCGAUUGUGUAAUAAAAGUGUAUUAAAACCUGGGAAUUUUUUAGCUAAUUUUCAUAUUACGUAAAUCUGAAAGCAAUUUAUUCUAUAAACAAUAAGAAAGGUCAAUUGUACUAACUAUAAAAAAAUUGUCAUAUUAAUAAUUUUUCAUUUAGUAUUUAGCGUUAUUUUUUUUAGAAAAAAGACUUUUAUGAGUAUCAGUAUUUUCAUUCGAAAUGAAAAAAACUAUAUUUGGAAAAAAAGUAUUUCUAUUAUGAAUUUAUUAAGAUAUAUUUUACUUUGAAAACAUAGUGUAAGAAUUUAAUGAAAAUUCACUUUUUCCAAGUAUUUUCAAAUAACACAUUUUCUAUGGGCCCUAACCAGAUCCUCGGAGAUCUUUAAAUAAUGUGAUAAGUGACUUAAAAGUUUUGACAAAGUAAAAUAAUAAAAAGAAAAAAGACACAGUGUUUACUAGUAGAUUAGUAGUUUUUUCCAGAGUAGACUUAAAAAAUACGUAGAUCGUUAAGUUAUCAAAUCAAUGGCCAAUAAUGCUUAUGUAUCUUAUUUAACAAACAAAAAGAAAAUCAUGAUUAUUUAUAAUUUAUAAAUACAUAUAUAUUUUAUUAUCGUUAUCCAUAUAUACAGAUCAGAAGAAAUUAUGACAUUUUAAUUACCUCGUACUAUGUUAAGGUGACGUACCGACAAUCGCUGUGACAAUUUUUUUUCGCGUGUUAAAUUUUAUUUUGUGAAUUUGUUUUUGUCAUACAUAUGAUCUACGAAUAUUUAAAAAGAAAAAGUGCAUUUCGUCCGAGCAAUAGGCAUAAACGAAAUGAAGAUAAAAAAAAAGUGUAUGUAAUCACUGUUGUAGCAUUUGUAUAACUGCUCGGUAUUAGUCUCGUCUAAUUCAUUCUUUCGGUAGAUUUUACAAUCGGUGGUUGAACAUAUCAUGCGCACCACUUCAAUAUUUCUUCCGAUGAUAACGUGUUUCUUGCCAUCUGAAUAUUCCGAAUGCAAAGUCAAUGUUCUCACGUGCAUCUGUCUCUUGCAUCUUUCUUCUGCUGUUUCUCUUUUUAUUCAAUUGCGAUCUUUCAUAACUCUGAAUAAGGUACGUAAAGUUGUGAUAAAAUACAUACUUCUCGUGAGAAUUGACUUUGCUGCCUGCAAAUUUCAGGGCAAGUAUUGAAGAAGGUAAUGAUUUCUAGUUGUAUUAAUAGCCGUAGCACUUGUGAACGCUGUAAGCAUAAACUUUUAGCAAUCAUGUACCACGUGAGAUCAUCCUUUCCAUUAAAAAAAAUCUUUUCUGUUAACUCAAUCAUUUGUUUUCUUAACAAACUAGCAUUUCUGAAUUUGUUUGUUUGCAAAGCCAAUUGUAUAUCUAAGAGCUCGAUCACUGUAGGUUUUAGAGUGUUUAUAUAUCUGCAGUUUUUUAUUGCAUCGAGCAGAGAGACGGAGUAAUUUUUCUACGCAAAUCAAUUUGCGUGAAAUUCUUCCCGAUCAUCCAAGCUGAAAAUGUAAUAUUUUAUAAUUGAGCAGUGACGCAAAAAAUCUUAUCGCAAAUACUUUUCCAAGACUUUGGCCCGUCAAUUCAUAUCUAACUAUAUUAUAUUAUAGUAACUUCCUGGAAACAAUGUAUACAAAGAGCGUGGCUGCUUGAUUAAUCUUAGCCGAAUCCAUCGAAUCGAUAUGUGGCUUAUAAAUAAGAUGCUUUGUUUGCCGUACGUUCAUACGUGUGGAGCAAACACACACACACAUAUACACGAUGUAUUUGAGAUAUAAAAUACGAGGUAUUUUCUAUGUAAAAAAAGAUGUAUUAAACGAUGAAA